AUGUUCCUACGUAACUCUCCGUCCAAUUUCAGACUUCCUUAAAUCCGAGUACUGACUUAAUGAUUCCGAACGAAACUGUCGAAAUAGACAAGCCAUAAUGUCUUUUCUGUCGUAAUCGUUUGGAAAUCAGCCGACAUUUACCUGUUCAGUGCGGCUGCAAUUCAAUGAAGAUAAUAACAUCGCAGUUUUGCACUGUCUAUCGCCUUUAUCCUGGACUGAUAAUACGACAUUGGCCGAAAUGCACUUUGUUUUCUAAACAUAACGUCUCAGAAGCUGGAUACCACAAAAAGCUUCGGUAUUCCCUGCAUUAUUUUCCAGGUUAAUGUGCACUCAUGAUUGUUUGGUGAAUAGUCCGACUGUUCGGGAAGGCAGCACACGGUAAACGGCAGGAAUGUUGUUUGGUUGAAACAGCCUAAAGGGGAGAAGAGGACCGCUCCUCAUGAAUGGAUACAUCGACCUGCGUUUACCGUAAAUGUAAAUCGUGUCCCGUCCUCGUCGGUUGCCUAUUGAAACGCUAGCUACGGAAGCUAACUGUUGUUGUUUGGACAGCUCAGCUGGUCUGUAGGCUAACUAGCUAACGUCGGCUAACUAACGCUAGCUGUUUAACAGUAACACCAACAACACAGCGUUAAGCUGGGAGAGGCAGCUCAUGUUUCCUGUCAGUGUUAGUGACUUCACUCAUAGUCAUUGUGGUGUAGUUACUGAACUAACAUUACGAUCUUCAGGAGCAACAGUUUAUUCGUAGUAGCUAGCGUAACGCUAACUACAUAAUGUUAGGUUGUAAAAAGUUAGCCAAGGUUUUUGGAGAAAACAAGAAAAUUGAUUACAUUACAAAACAUAAUUAAUGCUUAAAGUUAUUGACAAUUCUCAGUAGCACUGAUACCGCCUCUCUUCAAUGGCUAUGUACUGUUUAUCUCGUAUGUGUAACGUUUUCUAUCAGUGCGUAUAAAAGCAUUCAUGCUACAACUUUACCAGAUGUAUAUCCAUUGAUAACUUUAAUGUAAUUGUCCUCUAGUGUUGGCCCAGUGUUUAAAUACCUGUCAGUCCGUUUGGGAUUGAUAGCAGUGCUUCCAAUCCUGUUUAAAACACUCCUGAUGGGAAUGUUCCCUAGCUUGUUCCUUUAAGAUAAAGUGAAUGUGCAUUGCUUCUGCAGCCUACAGCAGUGUGGCUGCUGAUUUAAAAUAGGAAUAACUGGUGCACUUUGACAAGUCAUGCUUAAAACCUGUACAGCAGGGUUGUCAGAUCCCAGACAUUGAGGUUCCUGGGGUCCUGCAGGUUUUUGUUUCUGCCAGUCCAGUGUUCUGAAAAAUUAGUAAGCCACUAUUAGUGUUUGUCUUCCCGACACCAGGUAUUCAGUAUCUGUCUAUCUGUCUGUCAGGUUGCAAAAGCUGCAGGAUACCAGCCAUUGUGCCUAGUGAAGAAGUACCUAGGAUAGUGUUUUUGAUGGUUUUGGGGUGUUAACAUGCAUUUUGGCUUUUCCAGUUUGACCUGAUAAACACGCUCUCAUGGUCUGCUAAGUGUGGCUCACUGCCUGCAUGUUGUUAUCAUGAAGACUGGUCAUUAAUCGAAAUGGGCAUUUCUUCCGGCAUGCGUCAGCAGUGGUACUAGGUACCUUUUGAUGAUAAGGUUACUGUGGCAACUGUAGAUAGGCAGGGUCACCAUGCAUCACACUAAUGCUAGCUGUUUGCUAGGUAGGACAGGAGUCCAUCUAUGGCAGGAUGUCAUGUUCCUGUCUGUCAAUAAGCCCUAAGAGCUACACCUCCCACCAAUAAGCUUUGCCUUCACUCUCCAUUAACUUUUGUCCUCUGAAAGUAUUCCCUAAGUGCACAAAGUAGGCAAGAGUCUGUUGAUCUACAUGUUUUUAGUUUUGGACGUGUUUCUGUUUUUUGGAAAGCUUUCAGUUACAUUAAGCUAAAAGUAAACACAUUCCUCCCUUUAAGCAUAUUUUGUGAAAUAGAUAGGUGUAAUCACUCAGAAUGUUCAAGUAGUCAACGACUCCUGCUUGACACUAUUUAUAUCAGCACCAAGCAGGAGUUGUGGUCUAUGCUGCCUCAGACCAUGCUCCACUCACUUGUGUAUGUUUGUCUCUGCCUAACCCACAGGUCAUGCAUGCAGCCAGGCCUCUAGCCUGCGCUUCGUACACCCCCAGCCCCUGAGGCAGUGUGCUUCCAGUAGGUGGAGGCUCUUCCUCCCUCUAGCCUCCGUUUCUCCCCGCUGUCCCAAUCAGCCCCAGAGUUCCCUAUGUUAACCCUCUUGAGCAUGUUUUACUAUAUCUGUCUGCGGCGACGCUCCAGGAGUGGGACUCGAGGUGAGGCUCUGACCAGUCGGCGGGCUGUGGAGUCCGGUCAGCGGGCAGUGUUGCCAGUCAGUGUGGAGGUGGAGCAGUAUGCCAAGGAGGUUCUGGACUUCAGCUCCCACUAUGGCAGUGAGAAUAGCAUGUCCUACACCAUGUGGAACCUUGCCGGGGUACCCAACGUCUACCCCAGCUCAGGGGACUUUACUCAGACGGCUGUGUUCAGGGCGUAUGGGACGUGGUGGGAACAGUGUGCCAGUGCUCCACCACCUUUCCGCCGCACACCUAAAGGCUUCCACAGCCAGGAUUAUAUUGAACUGGGCUUCGAAGAGCCUGUCUACCCUACAGCAGUGGAAGUGCUUGAGACUUAUUACCCUGGAGCCAUUGUCCAGAUUUUGGCCUGCUCUCACAACCCCUUCUCCCAGAACCCACCUACUGAUGUCAGGUGGGAGGUGCUGUGGUCAGGAGAGCCCACCAAGGUGCUAACACCCCAGGCACGCCAGUUUUCCCCUAACAUAAAGCACAUCAACUUCCCUACCAACCUGCUGCGCCUGGAGGUCAACAGCUCUCUGUUGGACUACUACACCGAGCUGGACGCUGUUAUCCUGCGCGGGGUGAAAGAGAGGCCCAUGCUUGCCCUCUAUAAGAUGCCUGUCAUCGACAUUAGUGACCUGAGUGACAGCGAGGAGGAGCUGUCUGAUGUGGGAGGUCCAUUCAGACAAGGAGGUGACGGCAAGCUUCAGAGAACAGGCAAUGGCUACUUUGACAAACUGCCAUAUGAGCUCAUCCAGCUGAUUGUGAGCCACCUGACCCUGCCAGACCUCAGCCGUCUGGCCCAGAGCUGUAAGCUGCUGCACCAGCACUGCUGCGACCCGCUGCAGUACACCCAGCUGAGUCUGCAGCCCUACUGGUGCCGGCUGAGUGACGCCUCCCUGGGACACCUGCAGAGCCGCUGCACCCUCCUCCAGAGGCUCAACCUGUCCUGGACCGGCAACCGUGGAGCUCUCACCCUGACUGGCUUCAGCAGCUUCAUGAAGGCCUGUGGUCUCAGCCUGGUCUGCCUGGAGCUGUCGUGCUGCCACUUCCUGAAUGAGGCCUGUCUGGAGGUCAUCUCUCAGACUUGUCCUGGGCUGCAGGAGCUCAACCUGUCCUCCUGUGACCGCCUCCACCCGCAGGCCUUUGCACAUAUCUCCAAACUAACACGUCUCCGCAGGCUGGUGCUCUACCGGACCAAGAUAGAGCAAACAGCUAUUCUGAGCAUCCUGACUUUCUGCACAGAGUUGAGACACCUCAACCUAGGGAGCUGUGUGAGGAUCGAGGACUACGACGUUGUGGCCAGUAUGCUGGCUGCUCGCUGUCGUUCACUGUGCUCACUAGACCUGUGGCGCUGCAGAAACCUGACUGAUAGAGGCCUGGCUGAGCUCGUCUCUGGCUGCAGGAUGCUCGAGGAGUUGGACCUGGGCUGGUGUCCCACACUGCAGAGCAGCACCGGAUGCUUCCAGCACCUCGCCCGCAAUCUGCCCCGCUUGCGUAAACUCUUCCUCACCGCCAACCGCACCGUCUGCGACCCAGACAUAGAGGAGCUGGCCACCAGCUGCCCCUCACUGCAGCACCUGGACAUACUGGGUACACGGUUGGUGAGUGCUGCCUCGCUGAAGAAACUCCUCCAGUCUUGUCCACGGCUUCUCCUCCUGGACGUCUCCUUCUGCUCGCAGAUAGACAUGCGGGUCGUCCAGGAGCUCUCGGGCCUCUUCCCCAACAUGGCCAUCAAGAAGAGCUUCACACAGUGACCCCGGGGUCGUCUCAUUUCAUCAUCCACAGUCACAGAGGAAGUAAGAGGAGGGAAGUGCUUGCCAGCAGACACUGCCCCAAAGUGAAUAAGAGUCAGGUCAGAUGCUGUAGGAGAUUGCUGACCUGCCCCAAUCACAGACAAGAUCUUCUUUUAGUGGUCAGUAAAUAAAGCAGUUGUACCGGGUGAUGAGGUUUUUUGGAUUAACUGGCUGAACACAAACAACUACAGACACAGGAUUAUUGAACGUGAGACAUUUUAGUUGUCUGUUUUUUGUUUUUUUUUGGACACUUGAAAUCAGGGUCGUUGCAGUAAAGCUGCUACAUCUUCCCAGAAUAUGAAUCACCACUUAAGUAUUGCCAAGCACGCAAGGCUAAGAAAUAUGCCUUGGUAGUGGAUGCAAAACACAAAAUAAAGCAACAUUUGUGAGCAGUUCUCUCUUGAACAUCUUGUUAAGACAACGAAAAAGGGACAAAGAAAGUGUGAAGACCCUUAUUGGAAACUGAGAACUGAGAAAAGACUCCAGUAAGAUUUGAUAGUCUCAUAUUCACGUUAGCUGGUAAGAUAAUUAAAGAUCAGGGCCUUGGUCAGUGCCUUGUCAGAAUGUGCAGCAAUCAUGGACUGUUGUAAUGCAUGAGGGUCAUUCUGAGGGCAUCUGUAAACAUCGAGCCAGUUUCUAGAAAAUCAUACUUGAUGCUGUUGUGUUUGGAGGUAAUAGGAGCUUUAAAGGUGAAAACAAAGAAAUGAACACAGCCUUAUUUCAUAUAAUGUCCAGUCAAACCUUGUAUCACAAGCUCAUUUGUGUUGCUGCAAGCCGAGCGCAAAAUCACACAUGGUGAGCUCAUGUUGAAAAGAAACACACCAUCAACUGUCCUUGCACCAGAGAAUCACUGACAACAUGUUUUCAUCCAAAAAAAAAAAGUGAGAAUUUGCGAAAAAGCUUACUGGGGCAACAUUUGUUUUUAAUUUGCACAUGCGAAAAAACACCCAAGGUAUAAAAUCAACAACACGCAGACAUCCCAAAAUCCAGAGAUAUACAAUUUACUGUAUAAAACCAAGAAAUGCUGGAAAUCCUCACUUUGGAGAACCUGAAACCAGUGACUCUUGGGUAAUUUGCUUGGGAAAAAAUGACAAAAACAUUAAUCCCAAGUUUGAAAAUCAUUUUCUUUCAGUCGACUGAUCAUUUUAGGUCUCAUUGUCAUUGUUAACCAGACAGGUCGAACGCAACAAAUCCAUUUAAAAUGUUUCAAUAGCAUAAUAUGAAGAAGUCUGUGCUCCUGUUUCACCCUACAGAUGGAUAUGAUAGGUGCCUUCUUAAUCGAACAUAUGAUACAACACCGACUUUAGUGGAGACUUUUGUUGGAUUAGAUCGGUAGAAUGUCAGCAGAUCUAAAACGUGCCUGAUCAGGUCAAUUUCUGUUUAAAUCUGCCCUCUAAAUGAAACAGGGUGUUUUAUAGUUGUUGUUUUCGGUUUAGAUUUUUCAACAAUUUAUUGUGGCCAAGUAAAGCAAACAUUUUUAAGUCAGCAGGCCAAUAUUAAUGCCAAUUAGAUGAACAGAUAAUUGUGAAUGCUUUGGUCAUACAGGUCAUUCUUCUUGUUUGUAAUUGUUUGUUAGUGUAAUUUUAAGGAAAUAAUGAGUGACUUUUGUCUCCAAAGCUAAAUGACAAAGUUGGAAGGUCACUGGUUCCAUAUUGCUUUCAUGAUGUUGCAUGUUUCCCAGUUGUCAUUUACUCUCUCUGUUACUGAUGUUUGACUACAGCCACCUACAUAGUACUUACCUACAGACUGAGUACUGUACGUUAAAAUGACACAGUGUAAAUACUCUAUGUGACCUCAGUAUUUGUCCUGUAACUCAGGGGUUUUAAUAUUUCAUUCUGAUUUUGUUUUUACAUAUUUUGCUCCAGAGCCAGCACAUCUUUACAGACAAUAACAACAGACUAAGUCAGCUUUUUGAGGUUACCUGCUGUCAGUGUUGCUCUUAAACAACAAACACACACAGGUGACACUCAGCACUGAUGUAACUGAGACAGAGAAAAAAACAUAUUGCUUAUUGGGUGUGGAAUGUUGCAGUAAUUGUAUGAUUGUGAAAAAUAUAUUGCUGUUCCUCGAUUAUUUAAUUUUUGUAAUAUAUGAAGCCACAGUUGCAAUGUGGCCGAAGUGCUUGAAAAGCAUUUCUUUUCUUGAAAAAAAAAAAAAAAACUUGAAGUUUUCUGUUAAGCACAUGCUACUAGUCAAUAUUUGUGCCUUAUACUCCUGUUUGAAUGUGGUGUGAUGUCCAUGUGGUAUAGAUUGUAGUGAAGUGCUUUGCUUUUACGCCCUACAACCAAAGGAAUACGCAGACAACUGGUCUUUAAUCCCACAACUAUAUUUAUAUGCCAUAUACUGUGUAUCAGCCAUGGUAAAUAAUAUGCAAAGUAAUAUUUAUUUAUAUUUCCCUGUGUACAAAUGUUAUUUAAACUAAUUAUCCUUUAUAUACGUAAACAGUAAUACACAUUUGGGGAAAUACUGUGGUUUUGUUUUUGUUACCCAGAGUCAAAUGAGUGGAAUUAUAUCAAUUUCAUCCCAUUGCAUUCAGUAUGUGUCUAGCCUAGCUUUGCACAAAAACUAGAAGCGGGGGAAAUUGUUAGCUAGCUCCUUGAACAGUAGAAAAAUUAUGCUUCUUAUUUACAUGUUGUAUCUUAUUUAUUGAACACUUGCUGGUAUAAAAUGUAAAAACAACAUAUUGCUUUCUAGCUGAUGGGCUGUGACAGUGACUGCGUGUGUUAUUGCUGGAGUCCUCUUCUUUUAGGCAGAAUGUGGACAGAACUCCACUUUGAACAACACUGUAUUAGUGACUAGCUUGCUCCUGUAACUAUUUAGAUGUAAAUAAGUUAGUUUUGAAGCUUUUGCAUAUUUGUUUUCACUUACGGUGGUGCGUUACGAGCUAGUGCUGUACCUACCAUUGAGGACAUUGAAGUCAUGUCCUCUGUUUUUAAAAUCCCCAAAUCCCCAGAAAAAACACUGAGAAUGACUUUAUGUUCUACAAAUACAGUCAAAUUACACAUAGUAGGGUUUAAACUGUGGAUUCGAAUAUUAACAUUAUCAUCUUUGGAUGUCUUUCUUUAAGUUAAAUCAAUGUUGGGCAAUUUAGUUUUUCUCACCAGGCAGUUUGGGGGAAUUGAGCUCAUGAAUCUGUUUUUCUAGCCUUGAUGCUAGCAGCUUCCCUGUUUCCAGUCUUUGUGCUAAGCUAGGCUAAACACGCAGAUCAAUCAUUGUACUGGAUGUCAAGACUUUAAAUAGAUAUCAACCCUCUACUAAUCAUAGUUUUGAUGUAAAACCCCUAGAUGCUGUACUGUCCUGUUAAAAUUGCAUUUAUGUUGAAAUAUCUUCAGUUUAUAUCUUAGGUUUUAAACAAAAUGGGUGUGGUAACAGUGUGACACACCAGCCCUACCAUCCUGAUGAUGCAAUUAUUACCUGAGUGAGUGGAAAUAAGGUAGUUGGAUCUGGAAGCAGUCUUAUUCUAGCUGGUUGACUGAAAGCCAAGAAGUGCAUACAUCACAUUUACCUGGCCCAUCCAAAUCCAUGCAGUAAUUAUUUUAUAUAUAUUUGGAGAGAAUUACUUGUACAAAGAAAACACUGACCAUGUAUAGUGUCAACAGAAACUAUCAGCAUUUAUUUGUUAAGGCAGACUAUUUAAGAAUGAACACCACUCUGAAGCAGGUUGGUUCAACACCAUCCAGUAUUUAUGUUGAGUGACGGGGUUGGCUCUGCUUCUCUGUAAUGAAUAUGCAUUCUCUCUUCUGCCACUCUGGAUGUAUGUGAUCAACCUUUGUGCCAUUGGUAGGACAUGCAGCAAUGCUCCCUGUGCUGCAGUGUGAAAGCCACUGUUGUGUAAAAAGACUGUGCCUCUGUCCUGAUGAAACUGGGUGCUUCACUUUCACCAGAUUUUAAAUAAACUGAUGGCUGAUACAGCA